AUGUCAGGAUGGGAGGAGAAGCUCUCCAGCGGGCAGCAGGCCGGAAAGAGCGAUGGAUAUCUUGCGCAAUUGGAGCAAGGGCGUGAUGGACGGGAGGUGCCUGAGGCGCGAGGAUGGCUAUGCAAGCAAGAAAGGGGGAGUGGUAUCAAGCAGGGCGGAGAGGUUCCUGUAAGCAGUAGUGGUAGGAUGAAGCAAGCCGUUUUGCUGGUCGAGGCUUGA